UUUUAUUUAAUUUUUUUUUCUUGUUCAUUGCUGGAAAAUCCACGCAAAAACUUGAACAAAAUACAGACACGAAUACAAUACAACAGAGGAAUCUCCAGCUUGCGAAGAGAUUGAAGAAAGGCUGGUUAGGUUUUAAGUUCUGCUUCAAGUUCAACUAUCACUGAAGAGGAAGAACUCCUCCUUCAUCGACGGUGAAAUUCCAGCUCCCAAUCGCUAGCUAGGGUUCCAUUGUCGCCCUUGCAUGCAGGUUCUUCCACGUUGAUGCUUCUCUUUGUCAGAUUGUCUCACUAGCUGCCCCGGAUUCAAAUGUGCAAAGUUGCGUUCUUUCGGGUAAAGUUCGAGAUUUCAAGUAGUGGAUGGUAACUUGACAAGUGGGUAAUUGCAUCGAGCAGGUGGUAUCAGUUAUUUGGACUGGAGACUGGCUGUCCGAUCUGUGUAAUUAAUUCGGAAUAAGUUAGGAUGCAUGGUCAAGGGAACUUCGCCUCGCAGUCUGAUCGGGUUCAGGCAUCGUUACAGCCUCCAUAUCAGUGGCAUGUGCCUGGUUCAUUUCCACCUCGAACUCCCGCUCAGCCUCCAGCAGCCCCACCCUCUGCUGUAAGUCAAGCUCCCGCUACUUCCUCUCAUGCUGGUCAGUCAGCUCCUCCAAUGUAUGAGCACCGCAUGCACCCACCUCCUACUGCACAUCAUUUGCCACCUCUUCAAGCUCCAUUACGUACAUUGUCAAGUGCAAUCCCUACAAGUCAAUCUUUUGUAAAUCCACUCCAACGGCCACUAAUGCCUGGAAGCAUGCCAAUGUCAAGCACCCAUUUGAAUGCUCAACAGAGUUCACAACAUCCUUCACAUAUGGGGAACCAGAUAGCUCACCCAAGUUUAGCUCCUCCUGCUGGUCCACCUUGGCCAGAUUUAUCCCGAAAUCUACCUCCCCAGAGAUUACCACCUCCUCCCAUUCGAGGGCAAACUACAUACUGGCCACCAGUCAACCCCCAGACCAUGCUGCGUGGUGCUGCUCAAGGUGUCGUGCACUCUCUCCCUAGUUCAUCUGGUUCUCUUGUUCAUUCAAUCCCACGAGAAAACCAUGUUUCUUCCGUUGCUUCCCCGGUGCUACCACCACCAUCCUCUUCUGUAUCGUCGCUGCCACUUCCAUCUCUGCCUUCUAUUUCACAGCCAUCAUCUUCCAUGCCCCAUGCUUUUUCAAAGUUGCAGCAACAGUGCAAAUCUGAAGAGAGGACCAACAAAUCUCAUGGUUUUGGAGUGACAGGUUUGGAGUCAUCCAAUGACAUGUUGGGUCCAACGGGAGUGAGAAGUGAUGCGCUGGUAGUAGAUGAGAGUAACACAAUGGAUGAGGGAAGUGGCUGUCAGGUCAGCUCUGUAGUGGGAUCUGGUUCCACGGCGGAUGGUAGUCUAGCACUCGAUUGUCCUCAGGCUCCACCAAAGCCAACAGAAGAAAAAGUUAUUCAGAAGAUUGAAAUUUUAUGCCAGUUUAUUGCAAGAAACGGCCCUAGUUUUGAAGAUAUGGCACGAAAAAGGGAGUCUAGUAAUCCAGAAUUUGAAUUUCUGUUUGGCGGUCAGCCGGGGAGUGAAGCUGCCAUUGCACAUAAUUAUUUUCAGUGGCUGAAGAAGAAAUAUUGUUCAAUGGGCAGAUUGCCUGAGAAGCGGAAUCACUCACCAUCCAGGCAUUUAGAAAUUCAUUCCCCAAGGCAUCCUGAUAGCUUGACGGUUGCUGCUACCUCUGAUACACGUGUUGAUUCCGACAUGGAGAUGGAAGAUGAUAUGACACAGCCACAUGAGGAUGAAGAGACAAGUUGGUCGGUUCAGGACUUAAGCUGUGGUGCUGGUUUGGUUCAAGUGAAGAUGGACACAAAAGAGCAAUCGCAUGUGGUACAGGAUACUGUAAAUGAUGCUGCUCCUGAGAACGUUCAAUCUGACAAGUUUCCUUGUCCUGGAGAUGCAAUUCUAAAUGAUCAAGGAAAAGGUUUGAUUAUUCCGACUCAUCAGAAUCAGUUGAUCCCAAGAAAUACACUGGCUGAAGUUCACCGAGACAUUGAUUUACCUUAUUCUUCUGAAUUGCCUCUAGGUGGCAGUUUAGGCAAAUCUACAGUGUUCCCUGAUGCUGAUUUAACGUCAUCAUCAGUUGUUGAACAUGUCAGUUUAGACAAUACUUCAGCUAAGGAUGUGAAAAGCUCAUUCAGACUUCUGCAAGAAGACUAUCCUUCUAAUGCCAGCUUGGAAAAUAAUGACAAGGCCAGCCAUCAUGGAAAACACGUUGAGAUGGUCACACAGUCGGCUGCCGAGGGUGAUUCUGCGAAAGUAUCUGAAAAUAUUGAGGUAUAUAUAAGACCUGAAAUACCAAGCAAGGUUGAAAAGGCCGCUGGGCAACUGUUUGAAUCUACUAGGACAGACAGUGCUUCAAUUAAUUCCUUGCAUUCUGAGAGCAAGCUGAAGGAAACUGCAACAUCUUCCAUUGGAGGGGCAACCAAUGAAAUUUCUGAUGAGAGCCUUGAUAAAGGAUCCGUUCAGGCUGUUCCCUCUUUAGAACCUUUUAAUCAAAAAGGUAGUUUCAGAAAUGCUGCUGAGUAUAAGAAUGACAGUCCAGAGAUUUCAAAGGAAAAUAAAGAUCGUAACUUUGAGGCAGCUCCAACUUCAGUGAAAGUGGAUGAAUUUGGCAGAUUGGUCCGCAAAGGUGUUAGUGACAGUGAUUCUGAUGAUUCCCACCAUGCUGGCCAGCAUAACAGAGGAGGGAGAAAUCGUAGCAGGAGUCUGUCUCCUGGGUCUAGAAGGAAGAUAGGAAGCAGUGGACAUAAGAGGGAAAAGCGAAGCUGCUCUAGGAGCUGGUCUCCCAGGAGACGAAGAAGCAGGAGCCGGUCUCCUAGGAGAUGGAGAAGCAGGAGCAGGUCUCCUAGGAGAUGGAGAAGCAGAAGCAGAUCACCAAGGAGACGCAGAAGCAGGAGCAGAUCACCUUUCAGGCGUGUAAAUGAGUUCAGGGAUGGCAGCAUUAGACGGGACAGAGGCCGUAAGCAAGAGUGCUUUGACUUCCUUCGAGGAAGGUGCUACCGAGGAGCCUCAUGUCGCUAUUUGCAUCAUGAUGUUGAAAUAGAUGGAUCACACAAGAGAAGGAAACCACAGAAUGCUGAAAAACCAUCAGGUGUUGGCCGUACUGAUAUUAUCCAGGAAACAGAUGAUAAGUCAGUAGGAGCAUUAAAGCGAGUGGAUGAUGAAGUCAUGAAACAAGGAUUGCAAUAUUUUUCAAGUAUGCCAGAUGGAAGCUUUGACGGGAUGCGAGGUCAAAAAAGGGACGAAAGAACUGAUUUAGAUAAUGUUGGAAACAGGGAAGCUGAUCGAUGGCAAAAAAGCACACUUAACGAUGAGAUAAAAGAUUUUUCCACGGGAAUUCCUUGCACUGCAAGUUUCAAGCAAGAAGAGGAUAUUCACAGGUCACUUUCAGUUGAUUUUCAUCACCAACCUAUUAGUGGUGCUGAUGCUAUGAAGACCCACAGCAAAACUUUGGAUAUGCAUUCUCCAAUGAAGAAUUCUGUAGAGCCAUCUCGAGUGAAUGCUGAUGCAGCAGUGAGUGCUAAGCUCCUGUCUCAUCCAGUUAAUAGCUCUUCAGUCUUGAAGCUUUCAUCAGAUGAAAACUUCACAUCCUCCUCAGUUACUUCCUAUGGUGGUAUGAAUACUUGGAAUUUUGCCAAAGAUCAGAAUGUAGCUUCAGGGGCAUCCUAUCCUUUUCAAUCUGCUUCUCAGGAAGGUCUUCCUUCUGCAUUGCUAUCCAACACUCAACCACAUCUUUUCUCUGGACCACCAAACUGCACUCUGAAAUCCAUGCCAGCUGCUGAUGUGAGAGGAACUGCUGUAACGCAUGAUGAUGGCGGGAAUGCCACUCAUGGUGGAUAUACACAUUAUCCACAUAGUCAUAUGCCUCACAGUACCAACCUUGGUUCACAGGCAUUUUUGAAGCCUUAUCCAUCUCUCAUGCAACCAGAAGAUCAGAGACUUGGGACUUCGGCUGCAGGCACCCCACCUAAUGAACAUUUGGUCGGUCACAGUCUUACCAAGGAAGCCUUAAAUUCUAACAACAUGAAUCCCUUUCCCACUGGUAACAUCCCACCUACUGAACUUUCAAAGUCUGCUCAGGGUCAUUCUUCUCUGCAAAACACAGGAAAUACCAGUGGUCUUGAUGUGCCAAGAAAGAUAACUACGCCUGUGUAUCCACUAGAACUUCAGGACACAAAUCAAAGUUCAGCUGCACCUGAUUUUGGAGGAUCAAGGGUUACAUCUCAUUAUAAUCCUUAUGGAUCAACUUUUGAGCAGCCUCUGGUAUCCAGGUUCGGUGCUGAUACUCUUCCACAAGACUAUAAUAGCCGAUAUAAUACUCUACAAUGCGUCCCGAAUUGUGGAUCAGUAAAAACGAGUUCCCCUGUGAAAUCUGCGGCAGGGGUUCAGCAGACAGUUGCUCAGUCUAAGGGAGAUCAAUAUGAUCCACUUUUUGACAGUUUUGAAACUUCUUCGAAUUCAGUUAAGAAAGUUGAUCAUAUCCAGAAUCAGGGAUCCAUCUAUGACAGUGAUAUCAUGUUGAGCAUGAGCGGUUCAAACAAGCCAAUGGACGUGGAAGAAAACAACAAAAAGAAAGAGAUUGAAGCUUUUAUCACGUCCACUUCGCCAGAUGAUGAUGGAUUUGGUGAGACAGCAGAUGCAGAAGUGGGCGAUGUUGAGAAUCUAAGCCUAAGUAUUCCUAUUGAUGAGGCAAAUGAUAUGGUUGGUGAGGUUGAAAUUGAUCAGGUUAAGUCCCCAGGAAAGAGCAAGAGGCAUAAGGAGUCUAGGUCAAUGAAGCUCUUCAAAGUGGCUCUUGCUGAUUUUGUAAAGGAAGUUCUAAGUCCAUCAUGGCGACAGGGUAAUAUGAGCAAGGAGGCAUUUAAGACUAUUGUCAAGAAAACAGUUGACAAAGUGACUGGCGUUAUGAAGAGCCACCAUAUACCCAAGUCUCAAUCGAAGAUAAAUCACUACAUCAACUCUUCUCAGCAGAAACUGACAAAACUCGUGAUGGGGUAUGUCGAUAAGUUUGUCAAAGUGUAGAAUCAACAUUCAGCAUGCUUGCUGUUCCCAAAUUUGACAUAAUCCCUGAAAAGUUACGUCUGGAGAAAUUGGAUUAUGGGCCUGAAUAAUAGAAAUUUUCUUGUGCAUCAGAGGUGGGUAUCUCGUCAAACAGAGAUGUCAUUGAUUCUAAUGUGAACAAACUGCAGAGCACUUUGCUUUGUAACCUUAGAAGAGGUUUUUGAGGGGGGUUAUUGAAUAUAUGUACGUAUUCUGCUUUGCUCCUUGUAGUAUUUUGGGGUAUUUGGGUUUUUUGUAAAUGCUGAUAUGUUUAUAGUAAUGGUAUCUCCAUUUUCCUUGAACUAUUCUUUUCUUUGGGAGUACUACUAUAGAUGUUGGAAUAAUUGUGGAUGACAA